AUAGCAAGAGUGGAGAAAAAGAGCCACACGCAGGGAAGAAGACAGGGAUUGGAUUGAUGCCUCUACAAAUCGAGGAAUGCCAGGGAUUUCCAAUAACCACCAGGAUCUUGAAGAGACGCAGGGAACAGACUGUCCCUUAGAACCCACAGAAGGAACUGAUCCUGCCAACUCCUAGAUCUCGGACUCCAACCUCCAGGACUGUGGGGGGAAUCUGAGCUGUUUUUAUGUUUAUGGAGUUAUCCAGCAAUAAAGGGGAAGAAUGUCAUAGGGGAGAGGGAAAGGAUAACUGUGCUAUCUUUGAAAAAGCAACUGGAGAUGGGAUCCAGGGCACGGUGGAGAAAGUCAGGGAAGCUUCCAUUAAACUGACGCAGAAAAGUGAAAGAGAGAAUGGCUUAGUAAACAAGAACAAACUAGAAAUAAGAUACGUGGAACGAAGUUAUGUAUCACAACCCACUUUGAAGGAAGUGGUCAUAGUGAGUGCUACAAGAACACCCAUUGGAUCCUUCUUAGGCAGCCUUUCUUUGCUGCCAGCCACUAAACUCGGUUCCAUUGCAAUUCAGGGAGCCAUUGAAAAGGCAGGGAUUCCAAAAGAAGAAGUGAAAGAAGCAUACAUGGGUAAUGUUCUACAAGGAGGCACAGGACAAGCCCCUACAAGGCAGGCAGUACUGGGCGCAGGCUUACCUAUUUCUACUCCUUGCACCACCAUAAACAAAGUUUGUGCUUCAGGAAUGAAAGCCAUCAUGAUGGCCUCUCAGAAUCUCAUGUGUGGACAUCAGGAUGUGAUGGUGGCAGGUGGGAUGGAGAGCAUGUCCAAUGUUCCAUAUGUGAUGAACAGAGGAGCAACACCCUAUGGUGGGGUAAAGCUUGAAGAUUUGAUUGUAAAAGACGGGCUAACCGAUGUCUACAAUAAAAUUCACAUGGGCAACUGUGCUGAGAAUACAGCAAAGAAGCUGAAUAUUGCACGAGAUGAACAGGACAGUUAUGCUAUUAACUCUUACGCCAGAAGUAAAGCAGCAUGGGAAGCUGGGAAAUUUGCAGAUGAAGUUAUUCCUGUCACAGUUACAGUAAAAGGUAAACCAGAUGUAGUGGUCAAAGAAGAUGAAGAAUACAAACGUGUUGAUUUUAGCAAAGUUCCAAAGCUGAAGACAGUUUUCCAGAAAGAAAAUGGCACAGUGACAGCUGCCAAUGCCAGUACGCUGAAUGAUGGAGCAGCUGCUGUGGUUCUGAUGACUGUAGAUGCAGCCAAGAGGCUCAAUGUUAAACCACUAGCAAGAAUAGUAGCAUUUGCUGAUGCGGCUGUAGAACCUAUUGAUUUUCCAAUCGCUCCUGCAUAUGCUGUACCUAUGGUUCUUAAAGAUGCAGGAUUGAAAAAAGAAGAUAUUGCAAUGUGGGAAGUAAAUGAAGCUUUUAGUCUUGUUGUACUAGCAAACAUUAAAAUGUUGGAGAUUGAUCCCCAAAAAGUGAAUAUCAAUGGAGGAGCUGUUUCUCUGGGACAUCCAAUUGGGAUGUCUGGAGCCAGGAUUGUCGUUCAUUUGGCUCAUGCCUUGAAGAAAGGAGAAUACGGUCUUGCCAGUAUUUGCAACGGAGGAGGAGGUGCUUCUGCUAUGCUAAUUCAGAAACUGUAGACAACCUUGGCUGAGACAACUCUAUGUGACCAGAAGGACUGCCAUAAUCAGUGUGACUACUUUGAGUCAGCUUAUAUUCAAACUGUUUCAUUUUUUAUUAUUUUCUGUUAACUUUAAAAUGAAAUCAUAAAACCUUUUGAAAUUAAAAUUUUUUCUUCUGCUUUUUUGGGUAAUCUU